AUGGCGCCCCUCUGUGCAGACCCGCGGCAGAUCGUCAUCGCCCUCAACCCCGCGAGACGAGCCGCUCUCCUGCAUCUCAUUGAAGAAAUCAUCGCCUUCAUGGCCCUGCAGCUCGUCAAUCCCCCCGAUGAACUAGGCUCACUCACCGGCUCGGAUGAGGAUGCCCAAUCCUCCAGUCCAGCUCGAAAAGCGACGCCCCAGAAACCAACUGGCAAGGCAUCACAGCAAAUCGAACAUAUCCAAAAAGCAGCCAUGAAAUACAUGCAAGACUGGAGAGCCAGCUUCCUGCCCAAACUAGAAGAAAUCAUUCGCGUCGAGGACACGCCCAAGAUCAAAGAGGAGCGCAAAAACCGCCAAGACGCCCUCGAUAAGAAGAAGCUCGAUACGCCCGAGGAGGGUGAGAACCUCAUCAGCUUCGGCGACGUGCAGGUCGACAGGUCCGAGGACGUGGCGGCACUCCAGAAACUAUACCAUCCCAUACCCACGAGGUUGACUACGGUGCCGGCACAGGACCGUCGAGAGGCCCUUGGUUGCGUGCUGCUGCUGCUUCUGUCCACGGGCAAGUACUCGGCGCACUCCCGCACCAUGAUACUACAUCUUGCGUCGGCGCUCGAGAUCCCGCAGACGUUUGUGAACAAAGAGGAGGCCGAGAUUGCUCACUCGCUCAUGGAGUCGUCCACCGCCGACAAGGACAAGAAGGAAACCAUGUCUGCCGAGGCCGAGGCCGAGAAGCGAAGGCAGCAGAACAAGUUCAGUCGCUUCUGGAAAGUCGGCCUGGCAAGCGUAGCAGGCGCGGCGGUUAUCGGUGUGACCGGCGGUCUAGCUGCGCCGCUCGUAGCUGGCGCGAUAGGCGGCAUCAUGGGCGGCGUGGGAUUAGGAGGCGUGGCCAGCUUCCUGGGGAUAUUCUGGAUGAACGGCGCCUUGGUUGGCGCUCUGUUCGGGGCAUACGGCGCCAAGAUGACUGGUGAACUCAUGGACAAGUAUGCCAAAGAAGUAGAAGACUUCAAAUUCAUCCCGCUCUCCACCACGGGAUACGGCCCCGACUUCCAGCGCCCUCCGGAUGAAAACUCUUCUGCCAAAGAAACCCGCAGACUCCGCGUCACCAUCGGAAUAAACGGCUGGCUCAACGACGAAUCGGACAUUGUCACUCCCUGGCGCGUGCUCCCAUCUUCAGAAACAGAGGUCUUCGCGCUCCGCUAUGAGAUGAAGACCCUCCUCAGCCUGGGCACCGCCCUCCAAGACCUCGUCCAGUCCUUUGCCUGGAAGACGCUCAAAGUCGAAAUCAUCAAACGAACCGUUCUGGCCACCCUCUGGGCCGCCCUCUGGCCCAUCCAAGUCCUCGCCGCCGCAUCAAACGUCGACAACCCCUUCAACCGGGCGAGCAACCGGUCCAAAAAAGCAGGCCGCCUGCUCGCCGACGCCCUCAUCAACAAAAUCCAAGGCGAGCGGCCCGUGACCCUCAUCGGAUACUCACUCGGCGCCACCGCCAUCCACGCAUGCCUACAGUCCCUCGCGGAACGCAAGGCCUUUGGCCUCAUCGACAACGUCGUCAUCAUCGGCACACCGGCCCCCUCCGACGCAGCUCACUGGCGAACACUGCGCUGCGUCGUCUCAGGAACCAUUUUCAACGUGUAUUCCGAAAACGACAUGAUGCUAGGCUUCGUGUACCGCAUGCACAGCCUCGCGCUGGGCGUAGCGGGCCUCCAGGCCAUCGAGGGCGUCCACGGAGUCCAGAACCUAGACCUUAGCGAGAAAGUGAGCGGCCACCUGCGCUACCCUUCAUUGACGGGCGAAAUCCUCAAGGAAUGCGGGUUCACGGGCGUCCACGCCGGCGGCGAGAUCGAAAAGGACGACCUGAUUCGGAUGAAGGACGACCACGCCGAGGGGAAACUCGUCGACCUUGACGCCGUCGCCGCGGGGGAACCGCAAAGGAAGGACAGCCGAGUAGCCCAUGAUUUACAGGGCUUGACAAUCUCCCCGCCGGCCCUGUCGCCAGGUGAGUCUGAACGGCCCCCUCUUCCGGCACGUCCUGCGGGGACAGCAGAACCGAGGCGGCGCGAACACGAGCCGGACUCGGAUGACUCGCCGGUGAGAGCGGAACACGGGUCCCUCCACGAGGGCUUCGACGACCCGCCUUUGGUCGAGAGAGGCGGCAGGUGGAAGCGGGAACAGACGCCGGAAUCCAACGAUGGCGACGACGGGGAGUUUAUGGCCAUCAAGAUGGAGGAUAAUGACGACGACGACGACGACAACGGUCAUGACAAGCCGACUAAGCACUAG